CAACCAAUCUCAAGACUCCUCAGACCAAAAUCAUUUCUCAUCGACAAUAGUUGUGCUGUUCAAGUCCACAGCCGAUGGAAUGACUAGAUGUCGGACAAAACCCCCUACUUAGCUUCCCCGUGCUGGUUGCCCCAACAACACGCCCCCGAAUAUCCAUCCUCCCCACAAAUGCAUUUUGAGCUGAUGCUUUUGCCUGCAUCGACAGAUAGACAGGAUCUUCCGGGUAGCAAAGGUAGGUAUACACAGUGGUUUUUUCUUUUUCUUUUCUUUUUCUUUUCCCCUUUCUUUUUCUGUUGUUAGUUGAAUGUUGUUUCCUUUUUCUUUGAGUCGACGAAGCCCCGUAUUUUUCGUUAGGAUUGCUUUUUUUGACUGUUUGUUGUCCGCCGUUGUAAUAUCUCCAGCGAACAAGCCCACGAACACGGCGUGAGUGACAUGUAAGCUGUCGAGAUUUAGUAUUUGUGGAUUUUGGCUUUUUGUUCUUCUUUUCGUUAUAUUUCUUUCUAUAUCAAUUUUACAUCCCUUUUUCGGCAUUUGAAAUUGGCGAAUUUGAAGUCAAGCCGAACGAAGAGAGUUACGGAAUUCGUCCCCGAAGUACUUCGUACCGAUAUAAACAACAUAUCCCCUCCCUUCGAUAAGUCCCAUACUUCGUAGUCAUGAGCGUUCGCGUCAUCGCACGAAUCCGCCCGCUGCUCAAAUCGGAGAAGGAAAGCGAUAUCAUCGUCCGCUCGGGAACCACGGCGAUCUCCACCACAACAACUACACAGCCGCUAUCCACUUCCAAGAGUGACGCGAAAUCGACGAAGACGACGGCAUUGAAGGGCAAAAAGCAGAAAGAUGGCGCGAAAACGGCUCUAGCGUUGGAUCGGGAUAAUCUUGUCCGGAUCCCGAAUCCGAAGAAUGAAGGGGAGGAAUACAGUUUUCAGUUUAAUGGAGUGUACGGGGCGGACGUGUCGCAGCAGGAGAUUUUUGAUGGGGAGGUUGCCCCUACGAUAAAGCAUCUUUUCAACGGUUUCGACGUGACGAUAUUUGCUUACGGAGUUACGGGAACUGGCAAAACACAUACAAUGCGCGGAGGAAAGAGUCUACAUGACAGAGGAGUUAUCCCACGACUCCUGAGCGGCAUUUAUAGGCGCAGUCGUAAGAUUGAGCGGGAUAGUCAGGGUUCCACCAAGGUGGAUGUGGCCAUGAGCUACUAUGAGAUAUAUAACGACAAGGUGUUCGAUCUUUUUGAGCCACCAGAAAAGAGAACGGCUGCGGGUCUACCACUGCGGGAUGCGGGUGGAAAGACUGUAGUAGUUGGGCUGACCGAACGCCCCUGCACGAGUUUGAAAGAGUUCGAGACGUUAUACGAUCACGCCAAUGUGAAUAGGUCAACUUCAGCAACGAAGCUAAACGCUCAUUCGUCAAGAUCUCAUGCAAUCCUCUGUGUCAAGCUAGUGGUUACCACUGCUGAGCAGACCCGCGUGAGCCUUGCAUCGUGCAUUGAUCUUGCUGGAUCCGAAGAUAAUCGUCGAACCGACAAUGGCAAGGAGCGCAUGGUAGAGUCCGCAAGUAUAAACAAAAGCCUAUUUGUACUUGCUCAAUGCGUCGAGGCAAUCAGCAAGAAGCAAUCCCGAAUCCCGUACCGUGAAUCGAAAAUGACGAGGAUAUUGUCUUUGGGUCAAAACAAUGGGCUGACCAUCAUGAUUUUGAAUCUCGCUCCAAUACGCUCCUAUCACCUUGAUACGCUCAGUUCGCUCAACUUUGCGAACCGUACGAAGAAGAUCGAGGUCCGCGAAAUAGAAAACGAGCCCAUGUUCAAAGGGCCUCCACGGCCAACUAUUCGGGGAUCAGGGGUCACAGGGCCAGGAAUGCACCGACAACCUUUACGGCCACUCACUACUUCGAUUAAUGCAAAUAUAGUAUUACCAACUACAACUGAUCCAUCAAAGACAGCAGAAGCCAAACCUAUUAAGGCGUUCUCUGUGUACUCUGACAAGCCCCAGUCGAAGCCACCUACCAACGUCAAACGGUUUGAUCCUCCAAAGCGAUCCUCGCCAUUGAAACGCAGAUCUGAUGCAAGCGGUGUUGGCACCUUUCGACCAUCAAAGGUGUUUCGGCCUGCAGCUGCUGGCUCGCAUACCUUAGAAGGCAUAUCUGCGGCAAAGAUAGAAGAAAUGGUGGAGAGAAAGGUGGAAGAAGUUCUCGCUGCUCGAGCUUUGAACGAGGCUGAGAAGCAACGUGACGCCGAUCAUUCUUCCAGCAAUGGGCUCAAUGAGCAAGUGCAACGCCGACUUGAGCUACUUGAGCAAAGGAUUGAAGGGAAAGAGGAUGUGAGAGCGGAAGGGUUAUCCUACCUCUUGAUGGGAAAACAGCACCAGUCACGCGGCGAGGAUUCCUCAGCUCUAAGGAUGUAUCAGUUGGCCCAACCAUUUUUCCCCAGCAAUGAGAAACUGGAAACUAAAAUAAAGGCUUUGAAAGAGAAGUUAAAAUAUAAGGGACAAGAACAACUGCUGUCAUUUCCAGUCGCGGAAGAGAGUCGGGAUACCGGACCGGAAACAAAGCGCCCAAAAAAGCGAAAGAGGUAUGCGAAAGACGAAAGUUUCAAUUCUGAAUUUCAUGCUGAUGAUGACGACGACUACCAACCAUCCGAUCCGAAUGAGCAAUUCAGUGAUGAGGAAAUCACUAUAACUCAUUCUUAUACCCAGCCGUUAAAAAGAUCUGCGGCGCCUAAAACUAGCAAAUCUCGAAAACAGGCAUCUCAUCCGCCGUCCACUUCCCUAACACAUCAAAUACCAUCGAAAAAGGACGCAGACGUAACUUCUGAGGAAACACCUGAUUUGGAGCUUACCCCACGCACUAGCCACAUCAUUUCAACAAUAAAUACCAGGAAUGUCAAUCAAAUAAAGCUUCUUCGAGGCGUUGGGAUAAAGAAAGCCGAGGCCAUCGUUGACUGUCUGUGUGAAAUGGAUUCAUUGAAUGCUCAAGAUAAUGAUGAAAACGACAGCAGCGCUAUCGGUGGCCGGCCGCAAGUACAGAUACGCAGUUUAGCGGAGCUUGGGAAGCUGAAAGGGGUUGGUGCGAAAACUGUGGAGAAUAUGAGGAAUGCGAUUUGAGCAAUAUUCCGUGGCCCCUAAUUGUUACGGGGGGGGCGAAGACUCGAGCUGUCGACGCCUGUCGUUAAGCAAGUAGGGGGGCAUUAGGGAUAGGGGCAGGUCUACGAUUUGUUUUGUUUCUUCGCCUUCUAUUAUUUUGCGCGGUUCCAGAGACAUGUCCCGCACUUGACGUCUUUUUUAUAUACCUUUAUUGUCCUCGUAGUAGUUUCGCAUUGCUUCACAUGCAUAUUUCUCAUUAUCUUUAUCAUCAUCGCCCUUCAAGCACGGCGUUUUUGGAGUUUAUAUCAUUCUUUGAUCUAUGAUUUUUCUUUCUUGAUUGUCGAAAUGAUAUAAUGUAAUUUUUACAGUCUAUCAUCCCUUCUAUUGAGUGGCUGAUAUUGAUUCUGGACAGAAAAUAUUGAGCAUGACUUCCAACCACACCAAACCAGCCAUGCACCAAUUUCCGGCCAUAAAUUAUUCAGCUCAAGAAUAGAAACUGAGUGAUGGAAAGGCUAACUACCAAGCCGUGUGGCCCCCAUCAAUAACCAAUGAACUCCCUGUCAUGAACCUACUCGCCUCGCUCAACAAAAAUAUCGCCGCUCCGGUAAACUCUACCGGCUUCGCCAACCGUCCUAACAUAUUCUCCGACUCCCAGGUCUGCCACAGACCCUCCACCUUCUCAAAAGUUUGCUGCACCAUUGGCGUCAGAAUAUGCCCUGGACAUAGUGAAUUAACCCGAAUACCUUUCUGGCCCCACUCCAUUGCCAGGUUCUUCCCUAGUUGGAUAACCGCCGCCUUGGAUGAGUUAUACACUGGCGCAUUCAUCCCCUUGUUGGCCACGAGGCCACUCAUACUCGCCACGAGCACAAUUGAGCCAACACAUUCGUAUUCCAUCAUCUGCCUCGCAACCGCCUGCGCUGUCAUGAAGAGCCCCGUGUAAUUAAUGUCCAUGGUUUUUGUCACAUCUUCGGGCGAGUAGUCGAUCGCGUCGGUGAGUUGGAGGAUACCAGCUGCUGCCACGAGACCGUCAAGGCGCCGCUGGCGAGAUGCGAUUUUCCGGAUGGUUUCUUGUAGACGUUCUGAAUCUCGCACGUCAAGGUGAUGGUAGUGUAGCGAGCCGAUGUGUUCGCGGCAAGCGAGUUCUUGCGUCGCUAGGAAUUCUGAGUCCGUAUCCUGGAGGCGGUCUAGGCAGUUGACUUGGUUGGGGAGAAGUGGGAUCAGUUAUCUAUAGUCAAGGGUUGCGUUGGGCAGAGGUUUGGGGAUAUAUUUGAUAUUCCAAAUAUUCUCUCUGCCUAAGUUGUACGACUCACCUUCCGCGCCGGCUUCUGUCAUCGCCUCUGCCAUGCGGAGUCCCAGCCCUCUGCCACCCCCUGUGACAAUGUAUACUUUGCCCCUAAGGCUGAAUUGGCGCAUUGGGACGACGGCGGACGUCAUGUUUUCCGGGUUUCUUACAAACACUUCAAAAAAAAUGUGAAAAUUAAGGAAUUUCUACUUAGUCAAAGGAAGAAUAAAUAUUAUGAUUCUGAUUUUUCAGUUACUGUCGUUUCGGAUCAAAUACAAACAGCGGGGAAAUGCACACCCCCUUUUAUAGGAUCAUAGAUCCUCUAACAUGAAAAGUAAAGGGAAACGGCGGGCACAUAACGCUCCAAGCCCAACAAUGCUUGAUUUCAAGCAAGGAACACAAAAGGAUGCACGCUCUAAUUGAGUAUACGGUGGGUGGGUUAAGUGGGUACAAAAUUGACGGUAUCGUGUUUGGCGUUGCCUGAGAAAAAGCUGAUUACAUCCUGCCUAUAGUUCUGAAAAAUAUGGAGAAAUCUGUCGCGGAACUUUUGGGUUGCCAGCACAUACGUAAAUGUGACAUAUGCGUAGCACAUAAUAAUUGUCUUUUGCAAAGAGCUAGGAUGGUUGGACAUAGCUGAUGUUGGGAUGUAUGACGUCACAUCACUGCUGCUUGGGGACACAGUGCUUGUGUUCAACAUUUUGUAUAGGGCUUCUGCUUCCUUGCGUGGAUGAUAACUGAAAGAGGUGAUUCGCAAGGUUGCCUAGCAUUUUCUUCCCUUUUGACGAAUUGGGGAAUUGCUGCGGAUGAGAUGGCGGCUAUAGCGUCUGACAGCACCAAGCGGAGAUGGAACUGUUCCUGACACGGAGUUUGAUGAGGUCCGGCGAGCUUCGGAUACCCUGAGAUUCAGUAAGAUGACAUUUCGUAAAGGGCAUGAUAAGAGAAGAAAAGCAUUUCGUUAUUUGCAAGAAAUAUAUUCAUUAAACAGUUUCAAAAGAAUGUCGACUACGGUACUCUGAUGUUCUUGCCUUGAACCCUUUUUGAACAUAAUAAACCCCGGCGUUUGACCCGAUAAGAACGUGAUUAGUGUAAAAUAUGCCCAGGGAGCUGCAAUACAUUGCGUUUGGCACGAGCCUUGCUACAAUUUUUUGGUGGUGAUAAUUUUUUCAAAAAGCAAUUCCAUAAAAGGGAGCUCCAAAUUGGUAGAUUCUCAGGGUCUCUGCUUUGCCUUUUUCGUUCUCUGACGUGUUUUUACCCAGAAAGCUUCAAGGGGGGUUCAAGGGGAAAAUAGGGACAGAAGAGCAGUUUUCCAGCCUUCAGUUUCGCCAGGCUUUAUACACCCAAAUUUCGAAUCCUCUGUUAGCUGCGGAAACCGUAAACCAUCGUGAGAAGCAAAGGAUUCCGUUUUAAGGGAGCCUGCGGAAAGUAUCCGCAAGUUUAUCAACCGGCGUCAUGACAAACGCAGUCACGUUCUCAAAGGCAGGAUGGUGGGGUCCUGCAGGGUGUAGGCGUGUUGGAAUGAACAACUUCGUUUUCUUGAAAGAUUUGGAAAGCCCUUCGCUAUCCUCACUGCUGAUUGCGUCCUCAAGAGCAGGGAGAUCGUCCUCCUCCUCGUUUCUCAUGUGCGUGGAGAGAUUGUCCAUGAGAGAGUUGAUUGUCGGCUCGAAGUUUGCAUCUGUCGGCUUCAAGGAUUGGAACUCCAAUAGCUGAUCUUUGGUCUAUUUGUUUCCCUCAGUAUUAGCAUUCAUUCAUUGUUGCCCUGCUUUUUAUCAAAUAGCUAGGCGUGCAAACAUAGCUAUCUCCAUUCUCUUACCUGCUGAUGUCUCUCGCGAUCCUUAUCUACCCGCUCCUUGCCAUCUGCUAAAUGCUGUUCAAAUGCUGGGUAAAGUAGCAGCUCUUCAGCUGCAGAAAGACGAGCCAACUCCCAUACAAACUGGUUUUGAAACCUAGCUUUGAUAAUAUCAUUAUCGGCGUUGACUAUCUGGUUAUGGAAUGCCUGCAGCUCCCUGUGGUCCUUUUUGAUCGAGUCAGAUAUAGAAACCAUGGCGUCGGGUGGCGGCUGGUUGCGCUGGAUCCUAAACUCAGAGGUUGAGAUGGAUUGUAUCACUACGGGUUGGAAUUCGCUUCAACAAACACAAUAACCGGCUGCAGUGCAAGGCCAGCUUUAUGAUCGUGGGUUUGAUGUCAUUAUUAAGAGAGACGAGUUUAAAUGUUGGCAGUCGCUCCGGCUACUUCGCGUCCCACAAUAUGAAUCCUACAUUAAAUAGCUGUCAGCUGCUGGAUGUAAUGAUGUAAUGAUAAGGUUUGGC